AUGGAAGAGGAAGAUGAUGAAGAUAUGUUUGCAAGUGAUGGUUCAGAUGAAGAGACUAUUCGGUUUCAUAAAGUGAAGGAGGAUGGUGAAUUGAUAGAUGAUGGAAUAAUCUUUAACCCCAAGACAGAUAUGAAGGAAGUUAAGUUCUGCUUGGGCAUGAAGUUUGCUACUGUCGAUAUUUUAAGGGAUGCAGUAAGGGAGUUUACAAUCCAAGGAGGGUGGGAAUUUGGUACUGUUAAGAGUGACAAGACAAGGUUGAGAGUCAUAUGUAGAGCACCCAACUGUCCAUUUCUGUUGUUUGCUUCAAAGUUGCAGCAUUGCAAUACUUUCAAGAUCAAGACUUUCAAUCCAGAGCACACAAGACGGUUGGACAACAAGAUGGUGAGACGAAAAUACCUAACAAAGAAGUUCAAGGAUGAAAUAUCUUUGAAUCCUAAUAUAGAACCAGAGAAGUUGAUGAACAAGAUGUCAAAGACCAUUAGAGCAGGAGUUUCAAAGACCAUGGCCUAUAGAACUAAGGUGGCUGCUGUGUUGGAGAUUGAAGGGAAUAUAAGGGAGCAGUAUGCGAGGCUGGGAGAUUAUGGGAGAGAACUUCAAAGAGUUGAUCUAGCUACAACUUUUGAUCUCAAGUGUGACUUCAACAAUUCAGAGAAGUCACAUGUUUUCAAAAGAAUGUACAUAUGUUUGGGAGCUUUGAAAAAUGGAUUCAAGGCUGGGUGUAGAUCACUGAUUGGCUUAGAUGGAGCUCACUUGAAGACCUGUUUUAGGGGGAAAUUAUUAACAGCAGUUGGAAUUGAUGCCAAUAACACAUCAUGGGUUGUGGCAUAUGCAAUGGUUGAGUUGGAAAACAAGGAUGCAUGGAUUUGGAUUUUGGAACUGUUAUGCAAGGAUCUUUCUAUUCACAACCAUGGAAGUGGCUGGAUUUUCAUAAGCGAUAAGCGAAAAGGAUUGAUCCCUGCUUUUAAUGAGGUGGUUCCAUCUGCAUCAAUAAGAUUUUGCGCAAGGCAUCUGUGGACAAAUUUUACUAAGAAGUUUCCUGGACUAGUCAUGAAGGAUGCCAUGUGGAAGUGCGCAAAAGCAACAACAUUGCAUUACUAUGAAACAGCAAUGGAGGAGAUGAAGGAACUUAAUAAGGAUGCUUAUGAUUGGCUAACAGAUCCUGAUAGGCCACCAAAACAUUGGUGUAGAGCUUUUUUCCGAGCUGGUUAUGAUUGUGACAUGCUCAUUAACAAUGCUUGUGAGAGCUUCAAUGGUUGGGUUUUGAGAGCAAGGUCUAAGCCCCCUAUUACUAUGCUAGAAGAGAUCAGAGUGAAGUUAAUGAGUCGGAUUCGUAUGAGAAGGGAGAAAAUGGGAGCUUACCAUGGGAACACCUGCCCCAAGAUCCGAAAAGUAAUCGAGAAAAACAAAGUGAAGGUUGCUGAGCAAUGCACUGCAACAUUCAGCGGUGAGCUUAAAGCUGAGGUUGAGAACAUUUCAGGCACCAAAAAUGUUGUGGUUGUUGGGCUGAGGACUUGCACAUGCAGAAUAUGGGACUUGACUGGAAUUCUUUGUAAGCAUGCCAUUUCUACACUCUUUGGGCUAAGACUGGAACCAGAUGAUUAUGUAUCACCAUGCUAUCUCAAGGAGACAUACAUGAGAAUUUAUGACAACUGCAUUCAACCAGCUAAUAGCAUGGAUUUGUGGGGCAGAGGUGAUGGUCCAAACAUUCUGCCUCCAGCUUACACAAGGCAGCCUGGAAGGCCCAAAACUAAAAGAACUAAGCAAGCUUUUGAGAUUGUCAUCAAUGGAACAGCUAAAGCUGGGAGGGAGCAAAGAUCAGUCAAGUGUGGAAAUUGUGGUCAAAUAGGUCACAAUAAGGUGACAUGUAAGAGUCAUCUGCCAAGCAAGAAGACAACCACUACUACCAAGAAGAAGACCACUAAUGCAGAAGGUUCUCAACAACAGAAGGAAAAAAGAGGGCCGUUGACUCCUAAUGAAUUAAGGAAGAAGGUAGAAGAAAGACUAGCAUAUCAAAGGAACAAAAUGGCUUCUUUGAGGGCUGAAAGGCUUGUUGCAAAUAGACCAAGGAGAGGAAGGCCACCAACUAGGCAACCAACUGCUUCUGCUGCAUCUACUGCAACUAGGCCACCAACUGCCCCUGCUCCUACUACCUCAAGGGCUUCAAGCGACAAUGCUGCAACCUCGACAAGGUCUUCUAAAAGGGUUAGGCAGAAUUCAAGCAGAGGAAAUGACAAAUAG